AUGACGACAUCUAAACAUUCCACUCUGGAAUCACUAUUUCCUUCGCAUUAUCCUGAGCAUGUCUAUAAUUUUGCUUAUGGUUCAAAUAUGUGUCCUAAGGUGUUAUCUGGUCGACGAAAAAUUCGUCCACUGGAGUCCAUUCCGGGUGUGUUAGAAGGCUGGCAAUUGACAUUUGAUCUACGAGGUGUUCCAGGUGUUGAGCCGUGCUUCGGUAAUAUCAAAGAAAAUCCACAGUCAGAAAUUCACGGUGUUCUACACAAGAUGACAAACAAAGAUUUUAAACAUCUUUUAGCUACAGAAGGUGGAUCGGGGGUGGACGAAAAUGGAUACAUUCCAUACAAGGUGAAUGUGCAUGCUUACGAUGGACGCACAAUCGAAGCUUAUGCGCUAGUAGUUCGCCAGACAAGUCCAUCUAUUCUACUGCAUCAUGCAUUGCCAAGCGCUCGUUAUGUUGGUUUACUACGUAGAGGAGCAGUACAUCAUAGAAUCCAUCCGUUAUAUAUCGAAUAUUUACAAUCUCUCCCAUCUAUCGAGCGCAAUAAACCGAUCAUGGUAUUAGUUAUUUUCGAAAUUCUCGCACUAGUUGGACUAUUGUCUCCAAUUUGGAUUCCUGUCGUUGGCUAUUACGUGUGUACAAAUCAAAGAGCACAUGCUCGAGCGUACUUUUUCACAUUGAUUAUGGUCAAUUUAUGGCGUGUAUAUCGUUUGUUUGGCUCGAGAAGAGUGAUGCAGCCUUACUAUUCCGCGCCAUUUCCUCUUGGAAGUACGAAUUUCAAAGAAAACACAAAGACAUUUCGUGCACAAGUACAAACUGAUGAACAGACUCUACCCGAUACGAUACCCGAUGAUCCAACCUCAACAUUGCUUACAACUAAACAACGUAAAACUGGUUCGGACCCUGCAGAAUAG